CUCCGCAGCGGAGGCGGCGGGGAAGCAGCACAAGUGCGCGGCGCUUCCGCUGCCUUUCUCCUUCUGAUGCCCCUUCGCGACUGCACGGCAGCCCGGCGGCCGCAGCUCCGGGAGGAUGCGGUUCUUCCUCCUUGCUGCAACUUUCUGGGGAUUGUGCCUGCCUCCAGGUUUGGGUUUGCAAAUACAAUGCUACCAGUGUGAGGAGUUCCAGCUAAAUAAUGACUGUUCUGCUCCAGAGUUCAUCGUGAAUUGUACAGUGAAUGUUCAAGAUAUGUGUCAGAAGGAAGUAAUGGAAAAAAGCUUUGGAAUCAUGUAUCGCAAAUCCUGCGCCUCUUCAGCAGCGUGUCUGAUAGCUUCUGCUGGGUACCAGUCCUUUUGUUCUCCGGGGAAGGUGAACUCUGUUUGUAUCAGCUGCUGUAACACUCCACUCUGCAAUGGACCCCGGCCGAAGAAGAGGGGGAAUUCUGGCGUGGUGCUGAGGGCACACACAAUAACCACUGUUCUGCUCCUUACAUUGGCUCUGUGGGUUUUGUAUUGCUAAACUUCAAGCAAGUAUUUUUUUGCCUUGACAAAGUUUGUUCUGUCUCCUUUCUUCAAAGACACUGCAGUUAUUUUCUGUUUGUUUCCAAAUCCCUGUCAACAAAGAGGGAAAUUCAGUGGUUGUGGGGAGAAAGGGACUGAUAUUUUCGGCAGCUAAUGAAUUCAGUUAGCAGAUUGAAUUUCCAGGGUGCACUUAAAAAUCCCAUCAGCAGGAUACAGAACUCUGCUUUUGUUGCAUAACUGGAAACAAAUCCACCUAUAUUAUUUCAUUUUAAGAUGUAGUUAAUUCCUUGGUAAUUUUGAUUUCCAUGUUUUUAAGUUCAUUGCUAAUCAUUAACUUUGCCUUAUGAAGUCAUACUUGAUGUUCACAAAGGCCGUUUGGUGCGUCUGGGCUGGGCUCUGAGCUAGUCUCUAGGGGUACUACUUCCAAGCUGGACUGCUGUGGUUCGGGUCCUGGUUCCUGUAGGCUGCAGUCAGGCUUGGUCUCAUUCUGAAAAGUACUUAAGAAAACUUUGUUAUUGCUCAUCCUAGAAGAAUUGCGCCUAGAUGACAUGAAGAGCAGUGGGCGCAGAGACCGGCUGCUCCUUGCUCUGGAGCUCUCGUUUGCUCUGAGAAACUUCUCCUUGUUGACAUGCUGUAUGGUCAGGCGGCAGCGAAGGACCUGCAGGAACACGCUGCGGAACUGCUGAGAAGAGAUGUUGUACAGGAGGGGGUUCACCACCGAGCUGAGGUAGAAGAAGAUGUCGGCAAUGGGAAGAAGAGUGAUGUAUGCUCUAAAGUAGGGGACGGUCCAGUCCUGCUUUGGUUUAGCAGCAGCCAUGAUCCUUCUAACCUGAUUUGGCAUCCAGCAUACGGCCAGAGUUGCAAUAAUCAGUCCUGCGAACAGAAAGAGGAAGAGGUGUGCAUAUAUGGAAAGAAAAAACCAUAAACCACUAAAUAUCAGUUCUGCGCUUGCUCAUUAGGGAAUGGUACCAAUUUCUCAAUGUUUUGCUUGACAGUUUUUUCUACCAGUAGCAUUUUUUUGUUUGUUGUUUUCAAUAACUGUGACAAGGUCACUGCAGCACAUGCUCUGACAGAAGAGUGCAUACUGCUUGGCUGGUAUUUCUUUGUACCUAUGGCCAUUUAUGAGUGUUCUUUCACUGAUACCUGUAUCUCCAAAAAGAAUGCAUUUUUAUUUUAGUUUCUGUUCUUACUUCUCUUUUGUCUUUCCCUUUACUUUGAAAACCAAACAAAAUAAAUAGAAGCUAUAGCCAUAUUAGAUCAGGCAAUACCCAGAAGAGAUCAGAUUCUUGUUUGUACUUUGGAAAAAAAAAAAAAAAAAAAGAAAAUGUAUGCAUAAUAAUAAAUUUCCUGUUAUUUUUGGUAAAUUUCCUCUUACAGAAAAUAUUUUUAAGCAAAAUAUGUAUGGAUCUUUUUAUGGUAAUUAAGAUAUGUUGGGCUUUCUUAAAAUCGAAUUCCAGUGGAAUUAAAUUAUGAAUGUAAAUGAGAAAAACCCAAGCCUAGUCAUGAAAGUGUAAGCAGUUUCAGAUUAUAAAUUAUGCUUUAAAAUGUGGUAUCUGACCAUUCUGUAUUUAUAUAUAAGUAUAAAUACAUGUUGCUGCAUCACUAAUGACAUUAAAAAGGGGGUGACUAGAUGUCUGAAAA